AUGGACGCCGCCACAGCUCCAGGAGUUCUACGUAGGAGUUCGCACAAUGUUUCAACAACCUACCCGAACAACGCGCCCGUCGAGGUAGAGGUCGAGUUCGAAUUCGAAGAGUCAAAUCCCACCCCUCCAAGCGACACCUUUCCCGAGGGCGGGCUUGAGGCAUGGCUUGUUCUAGUCGGCGCUUUUCUUGGGCUGUUUGCCUCCUUCGGGUUCAUGGUCUCGGUGGGCACUGUUCAAGAAUAUCUGCACCAGCACCAGCUUUCUAAUUACACCUCACGCGACGUCGGUUGGAUCCCAAGCGUGUUCGUCUAUCUGGCCCUGGGGCUGGGGAUCUGGGUUGGUCCACUAUUCGAUCGCUAUGGCCCCCGAUGGAUAGCCCUGCUCGGCAGUAUCUGCUAUGUCACCAUGGUCUUUCUCCUCGCCGAGUGCAAAGUCUACUGGCAAUUCCUGCUCUGCUUGGGCAUCUUGGGAGGAACAGCGGGCGCAACCCUGACGACCACCGGCCUGGGUGUGGUCAGCCACUGGUUCAAGAGGAGAAGAGGGCUCGCGCACGGCAUCGCCAUGGCAGGAUCGAGCUUUGGUGGGAUGACGAUCCCUUUGAUCUUGAAGCGCACAUUGCCCACAUACGGAUAUGCAUGGGCGAUUCGCAUCGUGGGGUUCGUCAUUGCGGGCUGUCUGAUCCUCAGCAACAUCUUGAUGAAACCCAGACUACCACCAUCGCCGGCUGCCAAACAACAAAAGGUCAUCUCGCUGGGUCUGUUUGGGGAUCUCAAAUUCACCUUUCUCACCAUCAGCGUCUUCGGCUUCGAGAUCGUGCUGUUUGGAGCUCUGGGAAUCCUCCCUACUUACGCAGCUUACGGCAGCAACUAUCCUGCAGACACGGGCUUCUACAUCAUCGCGGUCCUCAACGGUGUGUCUUGUCUCGGUCGCAUCAUCCCAGGUUAUUUUUCCGACUUCAUCGGCCGCUUCAACACCUUGCUCAUCAUGAUCGUUUUCACAUUGAUCCUAAUGCUCGUGCUGUGGCUGCCGUUUGGGAAUAGCAGUCUGGCGGCACUUUAUGCGUUCACGGCAUUGUUUGGGUUUGGAACCGGGGCCUGGAUGGCCCUGACUCCGGCCUGUAUUGGUCAGUUGUGCGAGGCCGAUGAAUUCGGGAGAUACUAUGGCACCCUGUACUUUAUUGGAUCGUUGGCGACGUUGGUGUGUGUUCCCAUCAGCGGUGAAUUGGUCGAAUCGGUUGGGCCUCAGAUCAUGGUCGGCUUCAUGUGCGCCAUUCUGGGCCUCGCGCUAAUGACCUUCAGCUUGAGUCGUUGGGCCUGUCUCGGAUGGAGGUGGCGGUGGAAAGCCAAGGUCUAG